AACCCCACCGGGGUAAAUUGCGCUCAACCAAUACCAUCUGUUUUCAGCGACAUGAGGAUGCUUUUCUGUCUCCAUGCAGGAUUAAGCCAAUAACAACCACAAUGUUACUUUUCACUGCAACUGGAUCACUGUGUCUGUCCAGGAUUUUACACUGAUUUUCGACUCACAGUCUCUUUGGAAGAUCUGGGAUGGCCAGAGUGUCAUUGAUACAUCUGGGAGUCUUGCUUUUUGUUGGAAUUGCAGCUGCGAUGGAGAACGUUUUGUUCUCCGCACAAAAAGAUGCGCUUGUAUUGAUGCGCAAAAACUCCGCGCAACAUUUAACCGCUACAUCAUCCAGUGAGAGACCAGCACAGUUGAGUGACUCUGCUGAUAAAGCCUCGUGUCACAUGUGCCAGCGGAGAAGAGCCAAGAGAUGCACGUGUUACACCUACAAAGAUAAAGAGUGUGUUUACUACUGUCACCUGGACAUCAUCUGGAUCAAUACACCUGAACACACUCUCCCGUAUGGCAUGUCGAGUUAUAGAGGCUUCCAGCGGACACGGCGUUCUGCCGAGAGGACCAGAGGAGGUCAGCGCUGUUCUUGUGCUUUGCAGCACGACAGAAAAUGUACCGCUUUCUGUAGUGAGAGCAGGGAAAGGCCGACAUGAUCAUCUGCAGCAGCACAGCACCACUGAUAUUCACUGAUUUAUUACUCUGUACCAUCACCUAUAGAGAAAUGUCUGUCCAAAUGGAAGGCCAUCAGAUUACAGAGAAGAUGAUGAAAUAGAGGUUUUGGGGAGUUUCUACACCAUCAUCGAGAACAAAUUAUGUAACUUUUCCCAAGCCAACACAUCCCAAUAUGGCUUAAAAAUGACACUUACGAAAGGAUAUUAUCCUGAGUAGCAACCCACAGACUGACAUUCUAAAAGAGACUCAAAUCACAUAUACAGUAUGUCUGAUGUGAGGAAGGGAAUGUUUCCACUUGCCGAUACGUCCUGACUUCCAAUUCAGUUUCCAACAUGCAUGAUAGCUUUGAUCGAUUGUCAUUGAGGUGUUAGAUUAAGUUUUAACAUAUCAAACACAGAGAUGAAUGCUUUCAUGACCCUGUCUCUGCAAGUCUUUAUGUUAAUAAUGGGUGGAGUGACAACAUGAAACGUAAGCUGCUCUUGUCUUUAAUGAACAUUUAACAGAGUGUAUUUUCAACUGUUAGUUUACCAGCCAAAAAAAUCAUUUCACUCAAAUGACCUUCUUCUGUCAAACGCAAACAUCCAUAUUUAUACCUGAUCUGUUUCAUGAAAUGGAUUUGAUCAAGGAUUCAACUUUCAGAAAGGGCAUACAGAUCAAAUAUGCAGUAAUAUUAAACCUUGCUGGAGUUUGCAUAUUUGUCAAUUGUCAUAAUGCAAUAUUCGCUUUGGGACCUGCCUAUAUGAGUUUGUGUUUGUACAUGGCUCGAAAAACAAUCAGAUGUUCUUACAAAUGAGUUCUACAGAAGAAAGAAGACUGCACAUUAUUUUAUUUUUAUUUUAUUUUAUUCAUUGUAAUAAAUUAUUCAAUAAUUGAUAUUGUGGGACCUGGUUUUUCAUAAUUUGCAAAGACUUUAGUUUCUUUAAUAGUUAAUUUAAUAUUUUCAUUAAGAACAAUUUACUUGUACUCAAAAAGACAAAUGGGAUUAUUCCUAGCUCUCUUCCAUAGAGAAAAAUAAUAUAUACAUUAUCAUGACCCCAGAUGUCCAUUACAAAUGCUCCAGUAUUACAUAACAUAUGACAAAUCAUAAAACAAAAUAUAUGUCAAUGUCAAUUUAUUUCUAUAGUACAAUUCUGUAUUGCAGGUAUUUUCUGUUUUUUCAAAGUUUUUCAUAAUGACCAUUAAUAAGUAUAUAUUUAAAAC